ACUCUUAACUGUACUUUUGUUUGGUAAUGUAGUCUGGUUUGGUUCGGUUGCAAAGUUCAAGACUUUGAGAGGGAGAUUGUAAACUGAGAAAGAUGGUGAAGUUGACUAUGAUUGCUCGUGUUACUGAUGGUCUUCCACUGGCUGAAGGACUAGAUGAUGGUCGAGAUCUUAAAGAUGGUGAAUUUUACAAACAGCAAGUCAAGGCGUUGUUUAAGAAUCUAUCAAGAGGGCUUAAUGAGGCGUCGAGGAUGUCAGUUGAAAGUGGUCCUUACAUUUUCCAUUAUAUUAUAGAAGGACGGGUCUGUUACUUGACAAUGUGUGAUCGGGCAUACCCUAAGAAACUAGCAUUUCAAUAUCUUGAAGAGCUCAGGAAUGAGUUUGAGCGUGUUAAUGGGGCUCAAAUCGAAACUACUGCCAGACCUUAUGCCUUCAUUAAGUUUGACACGUUUAUACAGAAGACAAAGAAACUUUACCAGGAUACCCAUACACAGCGCAAUAUUGCAAAAUUGAAUGAUGAACUUUAUGAAGUCCACCAGAUUAUGACUCGAAAUGUGCAGGAAGUUCUUGGUGUUGGUGAACAGUUGGAUCGUAAGUUAUUCAUUGUAUUUUUGAAUAAUUGUAGUUUUUGUUUAUGCAAUUUAGCUGCUGAUUGCCUAAGAAUUUGAACAUAAUAUAAGCCUCUACUAUAUAUGCAUCCAAUGGUGUUGGGUUUUCCUGAU